AUGCUCACAAACUCCUUUGCUGACAAUGAAAUCACAAAGUUGAAGUUCAUUGACUUACUUGGUCAACAGUACUGUGGUAAAAACGGUUCAGCUAGUUGUGAUUCUCUUGUCCACUGGUUUAAUACUUCCUCUGAUAGAUCACAUGAGGAUGACGGUCUUGAGUUUUGUCUCCCCACCUUCUCCCCCAAUAGUCGUCAUUGCAUUGUACCUGUGCACUGCAUCUUUUUAGAGAUUGCUACAGCCAUGAUUACUACAAGUAGAAAUGUUAGUAAGAUGUUAGUAAUUGCUUUGCCAAAAAAGCUUUAUGUUUAA